GAUACCAGCAGUCUUCGUUUUAAACGCCUCGUCGCAAGCUCUCUUUCUCUCUUACACUCACUCACUCUCUCUCACGCACACACGCCACUGUGCGACACGAUAAACGGGGUGCUGGUGGCCCAGACGGUGCUGUAAUUUGUCCUGAAACUUUGCAGAGAGUCAAUCGGUUUUGACGUGCCCAAGUGAUCGUCGUGAUACUUCGCUGCGGGAAAUCUGCAUUCUCGGAACAAAUCUGAUUGACGAUUUUUCUGCUUAAGCUGUAAAUCAUUCGAUAUUCAAAAAUGGGCAGCCAGAACAAGACGUUCAAUGCAUCGACAAUUCAACUGAUCAAAUGGUUCGGAGUAAGCUGUUUAUUGGUAUCGGUUGUGGCGUCACAAGUCCAAGAAAACUUGCAUAUCAACGAGCGCCACGGCAAGCCCGAUAUGAGCAUGGUUCCAACCUUUCAAAUCGGCAGCAGAUACGGUCGCAGUCCCCUUCCUGGAAAAUCGGUUGACAGGGCCAAUAGAUUACUGAUGAUGGUACCAAGAGUAGAUCGUUUCUAUUUCGGUAGCCGUUACGGCAAAAGAGGGUUGUCUUCGUCAUCGGCAGCGGCAUCUCCGCUUGUAUCGCAUCAGCAGGAAGAGCAGCAACCAUCGCUACACGAUAGGACUACCUUUGACGACUUUUUGAAUAGUUAUGGUUUGACGGAGAAGCAGUUCAACGACAUCAAGAGAAUAGUCCAAGAGGAGCGAUGGAUUAAUAACGAGGGUCAAGCCGAGAUCAGUAAUGAUUUGUAUCUCGAUCAAAUAUAAGUCCACCAACCAGAUAUAUUACAUAUAAAUACAAAUGUGAAAUCGUAUUACAUUACCAAGUCCUUAGUUCCGAAGUUGUCGUGUCACGUGUGUAUAAUCACUUGCAUUAAGUUUUGUUUUUUGAACGGUUGUUAUGUCAAAUUUCGUACUUUUUCGACUCGAUAUUUCUUGUGUUUUUGAUCGGAAACAAUUGCAUUAAACGAGUUGGAUUUUUUUAAGUGUAUUAUUCUAAUUGGUUAAAUAAUUAUACAUAUGCCCGAAAACGUGAAAGUUUAACUGACAUAUUUCUCUAAUUAUUUUGAAUAUAUAAAGUAAUUUAGAAAUGUCAUUUUUAACAUCUUUUUUCAAGGCCUAACUAUGAUUCACUGAAAUACUUUUUCAUGACUAUAAAAAGCAAGAAUUAUCAUUAUCGUAUUUUGCUAUUUUCACAGUUACCUUUAUUUGUGUUAGUCUAUAAUAGUCAUCUUGAUUUUAACUUUUUGUCUAUACCAGUGACUGAAUUUAUAGCAUACCAAUGAUUGUUCUAGUCGAAUAACUAUCAAUUGUGUGAAUCAAACGUUUGAAGUAAAAAAAAAAAAAUAAAUGUUACAUUUGAUUAUUUUGUAAGUAAUGUAAGUUUUAUUGAAAACCC